AUGAAGAGCCUGUUCGUGUGUUUAUGGUGCCUGCUUCUGGACCUCACAACAGGCCACCGUAAGUACUCAUCUUGGAAUCUUCUUUAUUUUCAGGAUUUCAUCAAAAUAAUGGAUAAUGUGCAAAAUAUGUCCAUUAGAAUUAGAUCCGAGGAUCUGACUUGUGAAACAAACCGAUGGAUAAACUUUUGGCCCAAGAGACAGCUCUGGACUUUUCAUUUUAUAAUGGCUCUGUCUAUCUUGUGAUACAACUCAAAUUUUUAGGGAACAUGUUGUUUGGACAUUUGCACUUUACUGUUUGGCACUACUCAGCCCAUCACAAUUAACUGUGCAUUCUCUCUCUCUCUCUCUCUCUCUCUCUCUCUCUCUCUCUCUAUCUAUCUAUCUAUCUAUCUAUCUAUCUAAAUCACAGUCAUUUGAAGCUCAAACAAGCAAUAGAUAAGCUUAGUUUAGCACAAAUAAUGGAAACAAAGGGGAAAGCUAGCCUAGCUCCUUACAUCUGUAAUGACCUGUGUCUUGGCACCACUAGAUCUCACAUAUUACAGUAAUCUUGUUUGUUUUGUUGCUGGGAACAGAAACUUCUUGGGAUGUUCACUAGUUGCCUGGCAACUGUUCUGGCACAUAAGUCCAUGUAAAAUUGAAAAUAGCCAUUUUCUUACUGUGUGUACGGAUUUGAUUAAGAAGAUUUCAUCCAGAAGCAAAUAACUAUCCCUCUCAUAAUAUUACGAAUAGUACUUCGACUGGUUUCAGCUAUGAGCAACAAAGAGCAGGAAUUUCCAGGAGUUAAUCUUUACUGUUCCCACCAUGCUUCCCUCUGUAUACCUUGGGGCGAAUGUACAGAAGUUGAGCUGUUGCAUAAGGCAGACAUGGAGCUCCCUCUCUCUUAUGUUUCAGAGCCUAGAGUGAGGUGGUGACACUAGAAGGUCAGGUUAUAUUGGAUUACCGUCAUUACGUGGUGGCCUCCCAGGUGACAGAAAACCACUAAUUGUUAGGCCAAGUCAAUGGGCUUGGAAGGUGGGAUUAAGGGGGCCUCACUCUUUAUGUCUGGGUUUUGUUCCCUCAAAGGCUCUUCAUGUUUUAUAAGAUGCACUCUUUAGAAGUAUGAAAUCCAUACCUUGAAGAUCAGCUACCACAGAUAUAAUGUGUUGAGUAUUUAGAAGAAAGCAUCUAGGAACCAUUUCACUUUUUGAAUAUAAUACUGUACUUUUCCAUUACAGUGACUUUUUUGGGAGGGGGGGAGUGGUUGCAAAGUCCACUCUUAAUAAAAAAAAACAAAAAAGGAUUCAGUAAACUUUUUGAUGAAACAUGAAAAUAUCCUCAAGAAACUUGACAGCAAUAAGUAAAUAGAUUUGUCGUCACACAGGUCAUGUGCUCAUGCAGGACCGUAUUGUAGGUGGACACACUGCUGCACCAAACUCCAUUAAAUACAUCGUGUCUCUGCAGAGCACCAGAGGUCAACACUUCUGCGGUGGAUCGUUGGUUCACAGGUACUGGGUGCUGACUGCAGCACACUGUAAUAUUGGGUAAGAAUGAUUAAGCACCCACUGAUCUUUUUGAUGUUAUUGUUAAAUGAUAGGUAUUGACAGUAUAAAAAGAUGGACCACCUGUCUGCACCGUCUCCUUUUGCACUACAGUGAAACCAAAAUAGCCUGGGCAAUCAGCGCUGAGCAAAUGUGCUGGUGAGGUCAUUUGAAGUCACAGUCAAUCAGUAUCGAUCAGAUGCAGUAUUGAUCAGACAGUACUAGUGGGGUUUUGACUUCCCUUUUGCUUACCAAAACUCAAAUUUUACUUAUCAAUAAUCUGGCAAAGAUCUCUCUAACUGGAAGUCAACAGCAGAACAGGUUCCUGUGUUUGUUUAAAGCAGACGUGCUAUUUGAAUAUUCAUUGACUUGUAGUCAGUCUCUAAUAUUCAUAUUCACACCAUGAACACUACAAGCAUGCAUAUAUCGAGUAACUUUUUGAGCAAGCAGUAAUUGUAAACAUUCAUCUUUAAAUUCUGUAUGGAGAAGGAAAUCAAGAAUUAUAAUGUAUGAUAUAUUUAUUGUUUGAUGCAGUAUGAUGAAGUUAGGUGAGGUUCAUGCACCUGCCAUCUUGGUGCAUGCACAAUAAAUUUAUAACAACUGCCACACACAAAUACAUCAGUGUUUCCCAAAACUUUGAACAACUGAGCAGCAUUUUUAGAUCUCCACAUUGGCAGGUUAAUUUUAUUUAUUUAUUUAUUUUUUGGUGCCAUAAAAAUUUGACAACCUCUAGACUUGAGAAAUAGAGCUUAUGCAUUAGUGUUAAAAACUGCAGUUUCUUGAGUGCUCACUUGAAAUUGGCUCUGAAAGUACCACAAACUACAUACAAACCUGUUGAAAAAAGUUUAUCAAUGUUGGCCAAAAUACCUAAUUUCUCUGCCUGUACAGUGUACAAGGGGUGAAUAUAUAUUUAUAUUUAUACCUCUUAAGCAGGAUUCAAAACUCCAACCAGUGACCUCAUGGACAGUAUUGGCUUUCCAUGUUUACAGUCUAUGGUUGAACCACAGAAAAAAAUGUACCAUUUGUGCUGAUGGGGCCUCAAAUUAUUAGUUUUUGCAAGUCACAUAAAUUGGAGGAGGCAAGCAUCUGCCCCAUUUGCAAUGACCGAGACAAAGUUCCCCAAGUUAUGGAAAUAUCAUCAGGGGGGACGGUCACGAACAUAGACUGGAUAUACUAUGGACAACUUGGUUAGGCGGAAGAGUUGCGGAGAGUCGCUGUGAUGACGCUCGGCUCAGAGAGCGUAUCCCCCGGCUGAGCUACGCAAUCUUCAUAUGCCCAUAGGCUGUAUCAAGUGUCAAUCAUAGAAAACAUGAACCCCCUAAUAACUUUUAAAAAUGAAGCUGUACAGAAAAAAAGAGGACUUGAGCACAAACCUGUCUUACAAUAACUACAUGGCAAAAUCCCAAUGUCCACAGCCCCAUAAGCUUUGCUGGCGGAGGCGGGAUUUAUGACCUAUACUGCAGCCCACCAUCAGAGGGUGCUGUUCUUAGGGAGGCUUCACCCAGCGAGGAGGCAGACUCUGUCCAUUCUUUAUACAGUCUGUGGUCAAGAAGCAAACAAAAGGGCAAUGAAAAAUGUGAGCAUGCGAUAUUGUAACUUUAGGUAAUGUUUUAGCUAGGUACUGGCAACUCUUAGCUCUCAGCAGCAUUUGACCCUUUAAUAGGAGAGUAACUUGGUAUGAGAUUUUGAGCUGUCCAGAUGUCAUUGGAUAAACAUUUCCAAUGCAGCCAGCGUUUCUAAAGGACUUACAAGGUUAAACAUUAUAAAUGCACGUUGGUAUACCAACACACCAUUUAAACAUUUAGCUCAAGCAAUAUGUGUCUGUUUACAGCUGAAAAGAGCUGCUAGCAUGGCUUUAGCAUCUUAGCAUCAAUCUUGUUCUAUCUCCUUUGGUUUAAAGAACCCACACCCACUGUGUUAAGGGAAUAAAUAAGAAUAAACCAAGGCUGUUUUUCAGCCUCCUGGAUUAAUUACUAUUAGCACUUCUCUCAAAAUUGUUACCUGACAGCUCAAACAGUUUUUGUAACACUUGCACAGGCAUUGAUGUUCCUCCGGUGCUUUCACAGUGAACCUCGUAGAAGUCAGUGUGUCGAAGCGUACUUGGCAUGGUUUUAUAGUGAGAGCAGAUGGUCCCAACAGAUGCCUAAAUGCAAACAUCCACUCGACUAUGAGUAGCCAGCGUCAAAGUGAUGCCGCUUGACUAUGACGCAGAGUAAACCAGUACACAGGCCACUUGCACCACAAACAACGCACAGAUGUGGCCAAGUCAGCCAACACCAUCACAUCAUCAGUGUGUGCGUGUAUGUGUGUGUGUGUGAAGUGUGAUCUUGUCUGUAUCCUGGAAAUCAGCUGUGUUUCUGUAAUGCGGUCCUUGCUCUGCCUGUCUGCUCACAGUAAACCUCUCUUUCCUGGUUGAUGACUUCAUCUCCUUACUCUGUGCUGUGACCUUCAACCCGUUUUAUGAUUUGAGAGUGUAGUGUGUUUUUUGUCUUUUCUUUUAAUAUGUGUCAAGUAAAAUGAAAACACUCUGUCUUUCUCCAGGGCAGAGCACAUGAUGAUUGUGGCGGGUGACUACAUUGUGAAUUCCUUCGAGGGCACUGAGCAGUACGCUAAACCACACAGGCUGGUCACCCAUCCGCUCUACAAUGAGAGCACUAACAAUGCUGACAUCAUGCUCAUUAAGGUACUGCAGACCAAGAUUUUAGGUUUUGGGUUGAUGUUAGGUGAUCAAACUUGACAUCAGAGUUGAAAUGUGAAGAUAUGAGUGAUGGUUGUUCGAUAUUUUGUCUCAAACCUCUACCCUGGUCUUGUGUCUAGUUACGAGCCCCCAUGGUGCUAAACCGAUAUGUUUCGCUGGCGCCUCUUCCCAGGCAGGGGACAGGAGUGGUUGAAGGCCUGGUGUGCAGGGUGUCUGGUUGGGGUUACAACAGUGCAGGUGGAGGCCGGGCCCCCUUCACACUCAGGACAGUCACUGUGCCCAUUGUUUCAACCGCAAGGUGUAACAGCAGUGAGUCUUUUAAUGGGAACAUCACAGCAAACAUGAUCUGUGCUGGCUACAGGACUGGAGGAAAAGAUGCAUGCAAGGUUUGCACACAUACUGUCAUUUUCAAAACAAUAAUCCUUUUAUCAAUGCAAAACUAUAACAUCCAUUUAUAAAUAACAAAUUCACAACGGUAGCAGCCCUGUUUCUCAGUGCCUGUAUCAAGUAGCACAGGGUCAUCCUCUUUUCAUCAGCACAUAUCAAAGCAAUACAAUAACACAGUUUUGGGAAGCUCAUUCCCCUGACAGUAUGAGGAUGUAGUUCAUCAUGUCAGUGUUGAUUCAGCUACAAGCUUUUAUUAAGCAGACGUGGCAGUCCACCCUCAGGAGUUUUGAUAGUUACAGGAGAGAUGAAGCAAGCCUGAAAUAGCAUCAAGGCUGAAAACCUUGUUGUAAAUCUAAAGUACUGACAAUUGAAGCCACUGCCAGCGUCAUUUUCUGAUUUGUUUGUUUGUGUUGUGAAAGAACUUCUGCCUCAACAUUUGGUGUGAGUAGAACAUGAAAUUCAAUGUGUGAUAUACCAGUGGGCUUCAUUCUGCCUGAGGUAAAGAGCUGAAUGACUAAUUAAAAUGUGCUAUAUUUAACCCUGCAGUAGGCAACUUUAUGUGUCGGCAUCUCCAAGUGCAGCGAGGGCUUAUGAUUUCAUGAAUUCAACCAUACUGUGAGGGGACUGCCAUUUGUCUAUAAGCCUGUUUUUAAUUUCUUAAAAUCUCCCCCAUGACAUAAAAACAUUAUGGGGGAACUACGUUUGUCACAUAUGAUCACGCUUCUUUCAUAGGUGUAACACUGACACGUGAUUAACACAUGCGAGUACGUGUGACUUUCAGAUUUUAUAAACAUAAAACAUCAAAUCACAAGUGAACACAAAGAACCUUUUUUCUAAGGUUUGAAAUUACAUUAAAUCCACACGCACUGUAAGCCCGUUACAGGUUAAACAACAUUUGAGGUGUUAUAUUUUUCAUAUCUGUGUACUUAUGUCAUUUAAAACACUCAUUCAACCUUUAAUAUAGAAUACAAUAUGCUUAAAUAUAUAAAUAAUAGGUCUAUGUCAAAUUAUGAUUUGAUGAUGUUUUUUGCAAGGAAGUGUCUGACAUUACAGGAAUUUUGCUGCACUAUAUAUGAAAACUUAAAUGCUUUGUUAAGAUACAUCUGUAAACUGCUGCACAAAACAGAAAUAACCUUUACAGACUUGGGUAAAUACGACUGGAUUUGUAAGUAUUAUUCAUUGUACUCAUUUCAGUCACAAAACUUGUAUUAUUUUGGCUCACAGGUACAAUGUGUAGAAAUGGGGAUAUUUAGCCUUAUGUAGCCGUCAGAUUCCAAAUUAAAAAGCACCCUUGCUCACCUCUCCCAUCAUAGUAGCAACCAUGGCCUUUAAAACAAGAUGCUCACGUAAUGCAUGAGUACAGUUCUCCCUUUGUCAAGUUUAUACUAUAAGAAAAAAUGUCAAACAACAUGUGCAUUUCACUGGCUUGUCUUACAGUGCCACUGUAGUAAUAUGGUUGUGCAAGAUGGCAGCGUCCAUUCAGGGGGACCUGCUCCUUUUUACAUAUGGAGUUCAUUGUGAGUUAAGUUCACGUGUUUAUACAUUUAUUCAAACACAUUGAGGGAAUUCUGUUUCUACUGGGUCUGCUUCACAGAAUACUGCCAAUAAUGACGCACUGUGGCUUUAAAAGUUUAUUACAGAAGGAGACCAAUGUUUGUUUUGGUGUUGAGGCUCAGAAUCUCUCCUUGAAGAUUAAUUUCACUUGGGAUGCGACAGUAUCUUAAAAGCUGGCAGGUGGAUGCUGGGGAAGCGGUGCAGGGCACUAGUGGCACCGGCAAAGCAGAGGCAGUGGCUGGAAAUCUUGCAGCUUAAACGGACCGGCACACUGAGAGGAUGUGUUUGUCAGCUGAUUAAGAGAAUGGCACGCCAGUGUGAAAUCAGCACAGCUCAAGUUGCCUGCUUAAACUAUCGUGCAGGUGUUACUUCAUCAGUCAAUCCUUUGCAAUAAUCCUACAUCACUGUCAAGUGAAUUAUGGGAUUUUUUUCAAUGGAGUUUAUUGUGUCAUGACAGCCGGUUCAUUGUGUGAUCUUGUCUUUGCAGGGAGACUCCGGGGGGCCGCUGGUGUGUGGGGGUCGUGUCUAUGGCAUGGUCUCUUGGGGCCAUGGCUGUGGUAACGCCAAGUUUCCUGGGGUCUACACAGCGGUGUCUAAAUUCCGUCGGUGGAUAGACCAAACCAUCUACCGCUCUCACUAUCGCUGUACCAGAUACUGA